AAACGGUCUAAAAUUUCGAACGGUGGGAGUAGUUGUCAAUUUGGCUGCCAUCCAGCUGGUUAAUAUUUGUCAUAUAGUUGCAUGUGAGUAGUGUGAGGCUUUGGAACAUAUAAAUAGAGGCAAUACACUCAAGUUCUGUAAUUCAGAUGUACUCUUUCCAUUAUAAAUAGAACUUGAAGGUUCUGUUAGAGAUCUUGGACUAGAUCGAUCUCUUUUUUGAGGUUUCGGUUAAGCUUUUGGUUUCGUGGAUUCAAAAUCAACCUUUUAGUCUACUUCUAGUUUAUUUUCAUCUAUAAAACAAUAUCUAGCUGAAGGCAUUCAAGUGGUUUCUUCAACAUUUUGUACUACAUCUACCGGCCAGCAGCACCUUGGAGUGGUUCCUCCAAUAUAGUGUGCUGCGUCUAAGUUACCAUGGAGAUAGAGACUCAAGAGCCAUUUCCUAAGAAUUCAAUAGCACGUAGAAGCGAAAGGACCACUGACAUCCAGGGAGUAAAACACCACACCAGCAGUUGGAGAGCAUGCAGUUACAUCUUAGUGACUCAAUGCUUUGAGGAGCUAGCAUACUUUGGGAUCCAGUUCAACUUGGUCACUUUUCUCAAGACAGUGCUGCAUGACAGCAAUGUUACUGCGGCAAGAAACUACACAAAUUGGCAGGGGACUUGCUAUAUCGCACCACUUGUUGGAGCUAUCAUAGCAGAUUCCUAUCUGGGCAGAUACCUGACUACAGUGGCUUUCUUCACAGUUUACCUAUUUGGGAUGGCUGCAAUGUCUAUUUCAGCAUCGUUCCUGAAGGGUGGUUCAUCUCAGUCUGUUGUGUUCUUCCUUGGCCUCUACAUGAUGGCCAUAGGAGCAGGUGGCAUAAAGCCAUGCGUCUCAUCUUUCGGCGCUGACCAGUUCGAUGGCACCAGCCCAGCUGAGAGGUUGAAGAAGCAUUCCUUCUUUAACUGGUUCUUCUUCGCAGUCUACAUCGGCAGCUUCGUCUCGGGCACCGCGGUUGUGUGGGUGCAAGAUCACUACGGGUGGGCAGUUGGCCUCUGGCUCCCAACUCUGUUCAUCGCGUUGGCCAUUGCAAGCUUCUUGCUGGGCUCAAGUAAAUACAGGGUGCAAAAGCCUAUGGGGAGUCCAAUCAUAAGAGUUUUUCAGGUUAUACUUGCAGCUAUCCGAAAAUGGGAUGCAGUUUUGCCGUAUGACGAUUCUCUUCUCCACGAGCUCCCCGAGAAGACGCCAAUGGCGGAUAUCCAUAAAUUACAGCACACGCCUGUUCUCAGAUUCCUUGACAAGGCUGCAGUGAUCUCACCAGCUGACGACCCGUCUGACUCUGAUCCGUGGAGUCUCUGCACUGUGACGCAAGUAGAAGAGCUGAAGGUGAUCAUCGGGAUGCUCCCCAUCUGGACCACCGGGAUCGUGUUCUUCGCGGUCCUCGCGCAGUUCUCCUCCACGUUCCUGGAGCAAGGGAGGUCGAUGAACAAGAGUGUCGGCGCGUUCGCCAUCCCACCGGCAUCCCUGGCGUCGUUCGACGCCGUCAGCGUCCUCAUCUGGGUGCCCGUCUACGACCGGGUCCUGGUGCCGGCAGCCAGGCGGCUCACCGGAAGUGCCCGGGGCAUCUCGGAGCUGCAGCGCUACGGCGCCGGCCUGCUCGUGUCGGUCCUGGUGAUGGCGACCGCCGCGCUGGUCGAGACGCGGCGCCUGGCCCUGGCCCUGGCGAGCGCGCACGGCGAGGGCCAUUCGUCGAUGAGCAUCCUGUGGCAGGUGCCCCAGUACUUCCUGGUGGGCGCCAGCGUCGUGUUGGCGUGCGUCGGGCAGACGGAGUUCUUCUACAACGAGGCGCCGCCGUCGAUGCGGAGCCUGUGCUCGGCGCUGGCGCUGCUGACGGUGGCGCUCGGGAGCUACGCGAGCUCGCUCGUGGUGACAGCGGUGGCGUGGCUCACGACGAGGGGCGGCGGGCCCGGGUGGAUACCCGAUGACCUCAACGACGGCCAUCUCGAGCGCUUCUUUUGGCUCCUCGCGGCGUUGAGCGCGCUCAACCUGGCGGUUUUCGUGUACUGCGCUACGCAGUACAAGCGCAAGAGUGCUUCCUGAAUUUUUCUGGAAUGCGACUUUGGAAGCCAAUAUAGUCCGUUUUUUGUGA